AUGCAGGAUUCUUUGAAACUGAAAUAUAUAAAACAGGCUGACCCAGUGAAGACAUUUACGAAACUAGAGCUUCGGGUUUUUGUGCUAGUGAUUGCAGAAAUCAUCAUUUCAGUGGCUAUGAGCUUCGUCGUAUAUUAUUUGUUCGCUUCUUUUUUAUUUUUGUCACAUAACUAUUAUUCAUUGUUUUUAUUUAGACAUAGCAAAACCUUGAUCGAUAAAUUUAUUUGGAGUAAACUGAUUCUGAUAUUAUGUGGAAUACUUCUUGGUCUGUUACUGGUAAUGGUCAAGCCUUUCCAACAAAGGAAGCCACUCAAUUUCUUCAUGUUGUUCACAACUGUGACAAUAUUAUCUAUGGGACAGGCAUUACUUCUUAUGGAUACUACGUUAGUUGAGAUGUCAGCCGCUUGGGUGAUCACACUUGUCAUUAGUGGAGUGUUCUUCGCCAUCGGAUUUUUCGGCAACUUUGAUAUCACACAAUGGCUUGGAACGUACUUAAUUUACGUCGCAGUCAUGUAUUCCGUCGCUACAAUUGGAGCGAUAACUCUAUAUGUUUUGCCGAAGAGAUUUGAAGCGUUUCUGUUGCAGGCUGUGUCAAUCGUUUUAGGAUUCGUCCCA